UAUUUUUGAUGCUCGUGCCUCAUGAACAAGAUGACUCGGCGCGCAAUUUUUCUGAUCGCCUCGUUCACACUCGUUGUCGAGCUCGGAAAAGCCCUCGACUGCUCCAGUAAUUCCCAGGAUGGAAACUACGAACCGUUUCCACGGGAUGAAAGCGUUAGCCCACCGGAAUUUCAUACCCGCAUGGAGAUUAGCUUGAGCCAUCGGAACGAAACCUACUUCGUGGACGAGCGAUUCGACGCGAAGAAACAGAGAGGGGCGUUCACCCUGAUUGCGUAUCAGUACGAUUGGGAGACAUAUUGGAACAAAUUGGAGAAUGAAAUAGACAACCUAUACACUUUGGAUGACUGUUUGAGUUAUAAUUGGUGAGUUUAAAUAUUGAAAAUUAAUCUCUUAUCUGUCCAAGUCAAAGUCAGAUCAAAAAUCAAAUCCUUUAUUUAGACACGUAACACCCAGGAGCACCAAAGUUCUCGUUAAAACGGGUACGUAUGUGCAAAUUAAAAAAAAAAAUGUAAAAGUAUACUAGUAACCUAUACAUUACUACUAUUAAAAUACUGACUACAAAUACAUCUACAAAAUGGCUAAAAGCAGAAUCUAAAAGUACAACUGUUUACAGAAUUUACAAGCCCUACACUUUAAGCUUUUUAAGCUUUAAUAGAUCGCUUAAAAGACGCAAUGUCUUGUGAUUCUCUGACUCCACAAACGUAAGAAAAGUGCGGUGCUAUGGAAUUAAGCGCGAUUCCAAGUAUGGCCUUCGAAACUUUAGCUACCAAAAUGACUUACAUGUAAGCUACCAAACUAAUUUCGUUUUGAUUAGCUGGUAUGUCAGGGGAACAUGUAGCUACACCCUGCCAUACCCGACCCCAUCUCCAAGUUCUUCAUUGAUACGCUUAUAUUGGGUGCACAUUUGAGCGAUUCUAAAGCAACUUUAUACCUCAGUCGGAGAGUGUGGAUGGAUUGUUUUGGAAAUAAAUACACAAACAUACUAUCGAACAAAUAAAAAAACAGAAAACGAUUGUCAAGCAAGUAUUGACUGAUGGGCUCUCAGUAAGAGAUAAUGAAGUGGUUUCAUUUGAACUGUCACGCCGUAGUAUUUCAUCCACCAAUCUUAAAGUCGUUACUACUCCUUUACUGACAGUCGUAAUAUGCCAUAAACAUUUCAUAAAUUCUUCACUGUGCAUCAUCUGGACCGAAGUGUUAGAGAUCACAGUAGUUGUCGUGUUACUGAUAAUUGUUGUUCUAUAAUGAGGUCAGCCAGAUUAGGUUGAUCCAUCUGUUAUGCUUGUUUGUCAAAAGGUUAGCACUUUAGAUCGUUUGUUAGAUUACAGGCAACCCAAGGUUGAGAUAUGAACACCGGCACUAUUGCAUAACGUUUGCAUAUCUCACGUAAGGCAGCAGUUGUAAGCGUAAGCAAAUGCUCAAGAGUCUUAACUUGUUUUUAAACGGGUUUUACUUGUGCAAAGUUUAUUUAUUCUUCCAAGGCGCUCGACGGCGGCUCGAUCAAAGAAGCAAACGGCUGGUCGCAGUGGUUUUUCUCCUUUCUUAGCGUAGUCUCCAGCCUGGGGGAAACCCGGCCACUGCUCGCAGGAUACGUAAAUCACGAAGCUUUAGAGCUUGGGUGGCCUGUGGUUAGAGUGAAUGGAUGGCUGGGGUUUAUCAAUUACUAACCAACAAAGAAAAUAUUUUUGUAUUUUCCCUCGGAAUCUGCUGCAGUCAUUACCUCAAGCAACUAGAUUCACGAUGUUCAUUUCCCACGAGUGCAGCACGUGUUCAAUGUUGUGAAAGCUGCCAUUAUUGCGAUCAAUGUACACUUAUUAAUCCUCUUUGUUGUCAGUCACGUUUUAAGGAGGUUAAAACCCCGGGGGGGGUACUUUAGAAAUUUCUGGGUGGGGAUGUGCCGCUGGUACCCUGGAACCCUUAACCUAUACCAGAGCUAGUUCAGCUGAAUUUUGCCACCCUAUACUAGAGUAAACUCCCCAAAUCCCCCCUAUCCUAGAGUAGCUGUUUUCCAUAAACUACUGAGGUCACUAGCAUAGUCUAGCCAAAACAAGCUGAGUUGUGUAAAUUUCAAAUUUCAAAUUUGAUUUUUUUAUAUGUUUGAGUGGCAAUUCCCCGUUUCCCUACUCCAGAUAAAAUCUUCAACCAACUGAUCAGUUUCCUGAAAAAUGAUACCCUAUUCUAGACCCAAACACUCUGAUUUAUAUACCCUAUCCCAGAGUAAACUGCUUGAAAACCAUACCCUUCACAGCGGCACAUACCUAUAUAGCCCAUAUAUGGCAGUGCCCCCCCCGGGGUUAAAACUGGGUUUCGCGACCCGGAAGAAUUGUCCCAUUCCCCCGAACAGAGCUUUCCUUUCAGAUACAAAUAUUGUGUGAACAUCUUUCCCGGACCAAAUUUUGUGUCCCCGGAAUGGAGGUGUCCCUUAAAUAGAUGUGUCCCAAAGAAGAGGUUCCACUGUGGUACGCGUACGAUUGCCAAGACUGUUAGUCUCCUUCGCAGCCGUUAUUAGGGUCGUCACUCGUCACGCAACGCUCCUCCCCACUAACUCCCCACUUAGUGGAGAGGAGCGUUGCGUGACGAGACCCUAAUAACGGCUGCGAAGGAGACUACAAGACUGUAGGAUUCUGAAAACACCUUUCCUUGCUUAACGUCAGGUUAACGGUUAAGUUUAAAUACAGUCGAACCUCCACCAAAGACCACCUCUCUACAAUGGCCACUUUCUUCUCAGGGGCACCCAACGAGAACAUGGCUCAAAACUAUUUAAAAAUAGCAUUGUUAAACGUAUUUUAUAGUAUUUAAAUGGUAGAUAUAGGCAUCUUUUUACCCCCUAAAAUCUGUUCGGAUUUCCUAGCUGAAAAUCUAGUUAUCCGAAAAUUAUAGGGAUCAAAACUUACCUUUUCGAAAAUUUCAGCCAGUAAAAAGGCUCCGAAAAUUCUAGGUGACCAUUUUAGGGUAAAAAUCCGUUAAAAAUGGGCAAUUAUACCAUUUUUUAGAUGUUCGAAAAUCCUAGGAGAGGCAGGCAAGCAAGAAAUUUGACAACAAAUGUUCCGGAAAUUCUAGAUCUCAAAUCGUCUUCCGAACAGAUAUUUUCCGAAAAUUGACGUUGGGUGCCCCUGUUUCUUCUGUCCUCAAGGUGGUCUCUGGGGAGAGGUUAAACUGUUUAAUUUUCCUUCGUUAGGACGCAGCAGGGCUUUGAAAGAUACAGGUGUCGUUUUCCUCCUAACGAGAGCUCUUUGAAGCUGAUCGGCGAUGCUUGCAGCGCAACUGUAGUGUUGGACCUUGUUUACAAAAACGAAACAAAAAACGCCAGGUAUUUAGGAAAGAAAAUUGUGCGAAACAUCCCCGUCAAAGGAUGGAGAAUAUGUAAGAAGGAAACUGCUAUGGAUUACUGGUAAGUUCUCCACUAUUUCUUUCUACUUUGUUACAACAUGCAACACUAGCCUAAGCAAAAAACAUUAUGACUGCGAGUAAAACUCUUCAUCCCUUAGACAAGUAGAUGCGUGAAUCUGAAAUACAACUUUCUGGGAUGGGUCACGUGUCAGGAGAUUUCGAAUUCGCGGACUCAUUGGUAGUCUUUACACUAGAGCCUAAAUAAGCUAAGAAAUAUUUCAAGACCAGUAAAUUUUGAUCACUUCAAGUAAAAUAAAGCUUCACACACAACCGAUUCUUGUUUACUUCAGGUUAACCUACGGCCAUUUUCCCAUGCAACAUAAUUAAGAUUGAUUGACAUGUUUUGCCUUUCUCAAAGUUCAAGAAACCGGAAGUAACCGCAAGUCAGCUAAGUCGGUCAUAAGGAUGGUUUUCAAGUCGCUUGGAACUUUCUUGAAUCGUUUCCGACUUUCCGACUUUAAUGAGAUGCAAAGUAAAGUUACUUGAGAUUUUACUUAGGCCUUCACACACUAAUUUUUGGCUAAGUAUACGUAAAACUUAGCAGCUCUUAAGUCUUACUUAACAGCCUAGUGUAAAGACAACCGUUAUUUUUUCAAUCAAUAAACAAAUUAAAAAGAUCAAAUCCAAUGAAAUUCAAAAAUCUAGAUUUCGGAAUCCGUGACAUUUUUGCUUGUGGAAUCCGGAUUCUUGGGCUUUGGAAUCCAGAAUACAACGCGAGGAAUCCGGAAUCCAAGUCUCACCGACAAAGGUUAAAAUUCCACGGCUUGGAAUCCAGAAUUCAACACUCUUUUUGGAUUCUCUUAAAUCGGGUAGUUUUUUUAUAUAAUUCAAUUUCUGUUUUCCCUUUGUUACCUUUGUUACCUUUAUUUCUGUUUUACCAUACACAUAAACAAAUUAAAAAUAAAAAUUAACUGAAAUAAAAAAUUAACUACAACAUACUCACUCUCUGGACACGCGACCAAACCGGGAUUUUUUCUUUUUUUCUUGUCUUUACUUGUUCAUUCGCAUAGUUAUUUAAUUUUUUUUCCACUGUGGAUACUAGCCAUUAAGUGCAUAUUGUUCUCAUGCAUUCUUCAGGUUCUCUGUUCGAGGGUGGGUGCACACAUGUGGAGACACCCCGGUCCCGAUCGUAAUCGAAGCGCGGCCACAAGACGCAGCAGGACUGACCGGGGGGAUCAUUCAUUCUUAUACGUUCCUCGACUUUUACUACGAUGAACCUGAAUUUAAAGUUCCUAGGGAAAUCUUUUGUUUGGGAGCAGCUCACCCCCCUCCUUUACCAAAGCUCCCAAGGAGAUUUGACAUCAACCUGGAAUAUAUUGAUUCUGAAGCUGAUCGUAUUUGGGCGGUGCGGGUAAGUCUUUGGGGUGAAGCCAGGUAAUUGAACCAGGACUGUCUGAGGACUAUCAAAACUUAAAACAAAACUGAAUGCAAUGCUGGCAAUACGGCAAAGGGCUGAUUUGUUUGAGGCCAAUAUUUAAGGUAACAUUAUUUCGGCUAUUUCGUAUUGGCAGCCUUACAGUCAGUUUUGUUUUGAUUCCCACUUCAAAUGACGUCUUGCUACAGCAUCUCUACAUUAGAGAUCCGGCAAGAAAGAACCAGUCGGUUUUAUUUACGCGCAGAGUGGACCUCUGCAUUCAUGGGUUGUUAUUAAAACUUAGUUGCAUAUAGCAGCAGUGAUACCCAUCAAAAUAGCAGAUAUUCCAGAAAAAAUCGCCCGUCAUCGUGUGAGAGAUUUCUCCGACAAUUGUAUAUUAUUUGGACUCCAUAAAUGUGCAGAGAAACAUCAAGUCAUGUUUCAGUUUAGUGUCCGUAUCGCGUUGAGGCUUUAAGCUAACCUGUUCAAGAGUUACAGCCAGUGACGAUCGCCGCUUUAAAUCCAAACAGUCACUAGUUACGUCGUUGCUUUCACCACAGGUCACCCAGGUUCUGUGGGAGUUCGUGAGACUUUGAAUUUAUAAGAGAAUGUAUGAAAAUAAACAAAAUGCGUCGUAAAUUCCAUUUUUGUUAAAAAUAGGAAUAAAAAUGACUCACCUUUUGGUUUGGUUUUGUUAUUUACUGUGUCUUUGCUUCUAGAGCCGUUUGAAAGCCGUUUUAUCGACUUUUAAGAUUUUGAGUUGUAAUGUCAGUCACGUCGAUAAAACGGUUUCCAAAUGGCUCUAGAAGCAAAGACACGGUAAUACGUAAAUACGGACGUAUUUUGUUUAUUUUCAUACAUUCUCUUAUAAAUUCAAAGUCUAACGAACUCCCACAGGGUCUGGGCCGCCUGUGCUUUAACCAAGGGUUGUUAUGAGAUGUCGCUUGUCCAUGACAUGUUAAGUAAGAAACGAACGUGGAUUCAGCGAACAUGAACCUUAUUUAUCCUUACAGGAAUACUAUGAUCUUGACAAGCAGCUGUAUAGAAAGGACUCGGAGUAUCAUCCCAAAGGAUCUAGCUUGACUGGCAUGGGAUCGUACAUAAGAAACAAAAAUACAAAGGAAAGCAUUUACUACAACAGAAAAACAGGUAAGAGAGAAAUAGUUAUAGCAAGUCGUUAACGCUAGCUUGACUGGCACCAUCAUCAUCAUCACCUGUGAACUGGACACUUAUAUUACUAGUUUAUUACAGGUGGAAAAAUAACCGAAUGAGUUGCUAGCUCAAUAUUUUUCAUCAUCAUCAUCACUGUCAUCAUCAUCAUCAUCAUCAUCAUCAUCAUCACUUCUCGAACGUUCUGUUAAUACAGUUUUCUUUCCAUGAGGUUUUCAUGGUAUUAUUUCGAUUGCUAUUUCACCGUGAUCACCACCAACAUCAUCUCAACAUUAGCACCACCACUUUUAUGGGUGUUGCAGUAGUGUACUGUCGACAUAUCAAGCAUAAUCAGAUUGAAAGUAGUCCCUCCAGGGAGUCUGAGUCAAGAUAGGUCGAUUUAUGAUGAUACAUAGUUUAAUUUUGCUUACUGAAUUGAUGAAUUUAGUUUUUGCUGUUUGUUGAUUUGUUGAUGUCUGACCUGACGAAGAAAUUUCUUUCAAUUUCAGGCCGUUGUCAAAAGCAGAAAUUACAAAACCCAUAUCCUGUACUGAAAGGAAGUCACCGCUACAUGGUCUACGCACCCUUCGGUAAAUUAGCGCUGUUCGAAGAUCCUGACGCAAAGCCUUUAUAUCAGGGCAGGGCUGCCACUAGAGGAAUCAAUUGCGAUGUCUGGGUACAGAGACGAAUGAACUGGCCUUCUGACAAUGUGACAGAAAUGAUAUGGAGGUGGUAUUUCACCCAAGCGGAUUGGCGAGCAAAUUACGAAACACAGCCGGUAAGCUAAUUGUGACUCAGGUACUUUCACCCUGUCGCCCAGGGCUCCAGUAUCCGGGAAAUUUUUUGCUGGUGGAAUCUGGAAGCCUGGGCUUUGGAAUCCGGAAUCCCUGGAUAUUCUUGAACUCUCGCUCACAGAGGAGAAUGUAUAAAUUAGAGGCAGCUCUUUGAGGGAGAUCUGUGAUGGGUUGAAGACCUUAUGCGUAUGUCGAGGCUUUUCGCCUUUGGUAAGAGGACCAAGGAAUGCUUUAUCAGUAACAUACUCGUUUCUAAGAUGGGGUAACAAGAUCCAUAAGGAUGGGUCAUUUUUCGAUCCUUGCUUCUCAAACUCAUAAUUCACGAAGAAAAUACAAACGAAAUUAAUGUUUAAUGAGUGUUUGGAAAUCAGAUGAAAAACUGCUCAUUUUUGCAUCCUUAAUUUCUCCUUCCAAAAUCAUUUUGUUUGAGAAGUAAUAUUAAGCAUCCGACACCGUGUUUCAUAACCAGAUGGAACACGUCGAAGUUCGUCAAAAAUACUCCGCUGCGCGUCGUAUUUUCAACUCUCUUCUCGGUGUUUCAUCUGGUGAUGAAACACUCAUGCUUAAUAAAUUACUUGAGCAUCUUUCCGAAAAGCAAGCUGAGUACCUUUCAGUUCUCAUUUUAGUGCUCGCGAUCAAGAGAGGCUAAUGGAACCAUUAUUCUCUCAUGUAGGACUAUAUUCAAAGCUUCCUGACUUUAAUUCGAUUUCAGGUGCCAGUAAAACUAGAGAUUCGAGGCAAUAUCACCAUAAACGCCACUGCGCAUGUUGAAAUGGAAACGGACAUAAACCUCUACUCCUUCGAAAGUCGUUACCCAGUCGUAAGAGCUUUUGACGUCUCAUCCCUUUGCUCCCAGGAGCCUUCGGCAGCACCGAAAAAGAGCGGGUUAUCUUCGGGCGCCGUCGCUGGAGUAUCGAUUGCAUGUGUUUUGUUGGGUUUGUUGUCGGGAGCUGUGAUUGUUUACUUUGUAUUCAAGAAAGUGGUGUUAGCGAGAAUGGGACCUAUACCCAAGCAAUUUAAGUAGAAAUGAAAGUGAUCAAGAUAAAUUUGGGAGCAAAACGUUUGUCUUCGUUUAGUGCAUUCAUAUAAUCUACUUACAGGUCAUGAAUAGCUAAACCUUUCUUUCUGAUAAUACAUGUUGAAUCUAACUGCGUCAAAUAUUUUUUAAUGAAAUGAAUAAUUUUGUUUUUCCCACUCUUUACACGCUAUUAUUUUUUUAGAACCUUUAUUUGUAUAAGAACGUUGAGGCUGAGAAUAAACUUAUACUAGACUACGAGUAG